AUGUCAUCUGCCGUACAAAUUAAUAAUACUCAUCAAUUAGAAUCAACUAUUGAUGAUAAUCAAUUUGUUCAAAUUGUAAUUGAAUUUCCUGGAAAAUAUUUGGAUAAUGGAAAAAGUAUUACAAUUGGAAAAAGCAAUUCAAAUGAUGAAAAAACUAUUUUAGGAAAUUAUAAAGAUCUUUAUAAUGAUUCUUUAGAAACAAAAGAUGUUCAUAUUGAAAUUCCAAUUGAAUUUCUUCAACGAGGAAUGACAAUUAGUAUUGAAAAAGAAAAUAUUUUUAUUAAAAAAACUCUUGAUUAUCACAAAGAACAAUCACAUAAUUUAUCAAAUAAUCAAUUUACUAAACGAGAUCAUCUUCAAACACAAAAUUUGAUGGAAAUAACAAUAGAAAUUGCACCUGAAAUGUUUCAUAAUGGUCAAACAAUAACAAUUAGAAAAGAAAAUCUUGAAACUAUCAUUGCAAAUUUUCCUUAUCGUCGUCAAUCAAAAGUGGAUAUUAACAAUUAA